AUGUCAACCAGACAGCAAGCACUCGCCACGGCUCAGGUUUAUAUCAAGCGAUACUACACGAAGAACGAGAUCAGGAAUACAAACCCGUAUCUUGUUCUGACGACGGCCUUCUAUCUCGCCUGUAAAAUGGAAGAGUGUCCGCAGCAUAUCAGAUUCGUCGUCAGUGAGGCUCGAGCUCUCUGGCCAGAGUUUAUCGUCCCUGACGUCUCUAAAGUUGGCGAAUGCGAGUUCUCCCUGAUAUCUGAGAUGCAAGCCCAACUUAUCGUACAUCACCCGUACCGAACUCUAUCGGAGCUCCAGCCUGAGUUAUCCCUUACGUCCGAUGAGGUCGCGCUUGCGUGGUCAGUGAUCAACGAUCACUAUCUCACCGACUUAUCCUUACUAUACCCGCCACAUAUUAUCGCAGUCAUGGCGAUUAUUGUAGCCGUUGUCUUCAAGCCCAGCAGCCAGACGGCCUUUCAUGGCUCUGCAGCUCCAAUCGCAGGGGCAAUGCGAGACGGCGGCAUGAAUAUUCUCGCGGCCCUUAGCGAUAAGGGGGGAGCUGGUCCUCCUCCUAGGAUACAGAAACUCAUCGCAUGGCUUGCUGAAAGUGAGGUCGACAUCAAGGCGGUCAUUGAAUCUACGCAGGAAUUGGUCUCACUAUACGAAGUCUGGGAACAAUAUAGUGAGAAGAACUGCAAAGAGCUUCUAGGGCGGAUGAUCAGGAGCAAAAGUUUGGACAAAUAA